AUGUUCCGCGUCGACAAAUCUGGUGUCCGCGGCGUCGAUGGCGUGACGUUGCGGCAUACAGACCAGCGGACGCGACUCUGGUGGAGCUAUCCCGGUUUACGUUCCCUCAAUCUUUUGUUGCUAGGUUGUAUCGUUUGCGACAUGACCAAUGGCUACGAUGGCUCCAUGCUUAGCGGUCUGCAGAUUAUCGAUGCCUGGCAGGUUGCGCUGGGUAAACCUAAGGGGACACGCCUAGGUACUAUCACGAACGGCACUCGCUAUGGGCAACUCGCGGCUCUCCUUAUUGCAGCACCACUCAUGCAGCGUCUGGGCCGCCGGGUGCCUAUCAUGAUGGGAUCGUGCAUCCUGCUGGUCGGCGUGGCACUACAGGCCGCCUCGGUCAAUUACGACAUGUUUGUUAUCUCGCGCCUGCUCAUUGGAUUUGGAAACACAAUCCAACAAACGGCUUGCCCCAUUUUGGCCGCUGAGCUUGCCCAUCCCUCUCAGCGUACCCAGAUCAUUGGUAUCCAGAACACAACCGGCUCGCUUGGUCAGAUCAUGGCCGCCUGGAUCACCUACGGGACCUCAUUCAUGCUUUCAUCUUGGUCAUGGCGCUUGCCGUCGUUACUGCAGGCUGUAUCGUCCGUUUUCCAGCUCGUGAUGAUGAUACUUACACCCGAGAGCCCACGUUGGCUGGUGCACAAGGGCCGUCGCGAAGAGGCGUAUCGUAUUCUGACCAAGUACCACGCAGAGGGUGACGAAUCAUCACAGCUAUUGCAAUUCGAAAUGGCAGAGAUCGAAGCAGCUAUCGAGGUGGAGCGGGAGCAAGCGUUGACCUCGUGGAUGGAGUGGGUGCGCACUUCUGCCAAUCGGUACCGUCUCUUCAUCAUCAUGACAUCUGGCUUCAUUAUCCAGUGGUGCGGCAAUGCUCUCAUUACAUACUAUAUUCACCUGGUCUUUGAGUCAAUUGGCAUUAAAAGCUCCAAGGAGCAGUUGCUUAUCAAUGGCGGCAUGACAAUCAGCGGCUUUGUGUGGGGCAACGUAUGGUCUCAGCUUAUCGACAAGAUGGGCCGGCGGCCAAUGUUCCUGAUUGGCAUGGCUGGCAUGUUCGUCUCCUUUUUGAUGAUCACGGUCUUCACCGGCGUCAACGCGGGCAUUGACUACAGCAAUGGAGGCCUGGGUAACGCCACCAUUUUUGCUAUCUUCUUGUUCGGCUGCUUCUAUAAAAUGCCCGGCUGUAUGGUUCCUUCAUACGUUGCUGAAGUGUCACCAUUCAACCUUCGCGCUAAAGCGUUUGUCCUCAAUGGUUUUGCGGAUGCCGCGGCGAAUAUUUUCAGUGGUUAUACCAACCCCGUAGGCCUCGCAGCCAUCGGAUGGAAAUACUACAUUGUAUGGUGUUGUGUUUUGGUCAGCAACUUCACCAUCAUCUUUUUCUUUUAUCCGGAGACCAAGAAUCUCAGUCUUGAAGAGGUUGGCCAGCUAUUCGAUGGGCCGCCGAAGAACUCAGAGUCCAAAGUUGUUGCGCAAGACGAGGACAAAGAGCAUGAACCUCAUGUGACAAUGAUAGAGUGA